AUGAGCAACGUGGAGAUGUAUCCUUCCUCCGCAGUUGCUCAAUCGCACUUACCUGGCUCUACCGCUCCCUCCCUUCAGCAGCCUCCUCCGUCUUCCACCGCCAGCAACUUCCAUUCUCACCAUCGAACCUCUGCCAUCUUCCAAAACCCUUCCUUCGACAACAAACACAGUACCUUUCGCAGUUCGGAAGUCAGCGUAAACGUCAACAAGGUCAACAAUCAGACCAGCGACGAGGGCAAGGUCGAACAGUAUCACUCGCAGCCAGCUUUUGCUCAAGCUUGCACCGAUUCGACGGUGGUUAUGACGAAGACCAGUACUGCGACCGAUUCAGCGAUGAUGGUCGACGAGAUGGGCGUCAAGGCUGAAGCGCGGUCGGAAGCUCACGAUACGCAUGUUACCGAGAAGGACAACGCCAAAGGCGAGUCGAAGGGCGUGGAUGUCAAGCAGCAGACGGAAGGCAGCACAGAGCCCAACGUCGACAAUGGCAGCAAUGCGUCGGUUCGUAAAGUACGGUAA